ACAAAAAAGAAUAACAAGGAAAGUGGAACGGGAUGUAAAAUGCUUAGCAACGUAGUUGGCUUUUACCCUUUGGCCUAGCACUUUCUAUUACUUCCCCUUACAUCACACUUUUGUCAAUAUGGUGCUCAUCACCGAAGAGCUGGUCCGCAAGAAAUCGGAGCACAAUGAACGUCUAAUUAGCACUCUGGAAGAAAUUUCCUUGCAUCAGGAGGAUAUCGAGGCCAUAGAACACAUUCAGAACUGGUGUCGCAACCUAAAAAUCCUUCUCCUUCAAUCCAAUCUGAUUGCGCGCCUGGAGAACUUGCAUAAAUUAAAACGUUUGGAGUACCUUAAUGUAGCCAUCAAUAAUAUUGAGAAGGUGGAGAACCUGGAGGGCUGCGAGUCUCUUAGCAAACUGGAUCUUACUUUAAAUUUUAUAGGAGAACUAACCAGUUUGGAGUCGCUAUGUGGCAAUCACAAUCUCCGUGAACUGGUACUCAUUGGAAAUCCUUGCGUGGACUAUCCACAAUACAGAAACUACGUGGUUGCGACUUUGCCGCAACUGAAUACCUUGGAUUGCAUAGAGAUAACGCCUUCGGAGCGUCUCCAAGCUUUGAGGGAACUACCCAAAAACCGUGCCAUCAUCGUCCAGAAGCAGGCGGAUCAGGCUAUAAGUCGGGAUGAGCAGCGUAUCCGGGUGGCGGAGCAACAGUCCGCCUUGGCGGAUCGUUGUGCAGGAAUAGACGAUGAAGAGGAGCGCAUCAAAACCUUCUGGCAAGCAAAGAGCGAGCACUGUCCGGAGAUUCGCACGGAGAUCGCCCGACAGCAUCGGUUAGGCCGGGAGCGGCACGAAACCAAAUCCCCGUUGGAUCCACCGAAGCAAGAGCGCAGUCUUUUUGCUCCCUGCGGAAGACCGUACAAUCUGAACCAGGGCAAGCUGCCCUUUAAAUUCCAGGACGAGGCCGAUCAUUACUUGCUCCAACUAGAAGUCUACAGACACCUGGAUACCUCUCUAAUUGAUGUGGACGUUCAGACCACGUAUACUAGAGUCACCGUAAAAAAAAAGAUCUUCCAGAUCGCCUACAGUGAGGAGGUCAAGCCGGAGGAGUCUACGGUGCUCCGUUCGCAGAUAACAGGUCACCUUACGGUCAAACUUAAAAAACUAAAAAUCAACGAUCUACUGAUCACCACGAAAAGUACGUCUAAAAGCUAUGCCCGUUCUGAUGAUGCAAAAAAGGUCGAAAAAUCCAAGGAAAGUCUCUGUGGAGUUGUGGACAUCAGUAACAUUUGUCCGCCCGACGAUCUUCCCGAAUUAAUAUGAAAAGGAAUUUAUUAUUUAAAAAUGGUU